ACAGCCUCGCCACCGGCCCUGCCCGAGGGUCCCUCCGGCGGGACGGGGCGGGCCGGGCCGGGAGCCGCCGCUUCCGCCGGGCCGGCCGGGGAGGGAGCAGCGCGGAGCACGGUCUGAGCGGCGCGGGGAGGAGCGGAGUGGAGCGGAGCGAUGCGCGGGGUGUGUGGGCAUUGCCGGCAUUAGGGACAGCUCCCCGGACUGCUGCCAUGAGCGGACCCUCCUGCCCGAGCUCCUCGCCGCUCGGCGAGAAUCCCUCCGGGCAGCCCCUGUGGCUGGACCUGCUGCGCUGCCCCUGCUGCCGCCUGCUCCUCUGGGAGCCGGUGACCGCGUCCUGCGGUCACUCCUUCUGCAAGCCGUGCCUCGGCGGGGCCGGGCCGUSCCGCUGCCCGCUGUGCCACGAGCGGCUGGAGCUGCCGGGCGUCGGGGCGCCGAGGUGCAGCGUGGUGCUGUGCGGGAUCCUGGAGCGAUGCGUGCAGCGGCAGCGGCGGCUGGCCGGSCUGGCGGAGCGCGUCCGGGAUCGCCUCGCCCGCGGGGACGCGCGGGAGGCGCUGAGGAUGGCGCAGAGAGGGGUCGAGCUGGCCCUGGACUGCAGCUCCCUGCGGCUGUGCCGGGCAGAGGCGCUGGUGGCRCUGGGGCAGUACCCACAGGCUCUGGAGGACCUGGAUGCUGUGUGCAGGGCUGAGCCUGGAGAGCACCAGGCUUUCUUCAGGAAAGGGAAGGUGCUUCUGGAGAUGGGGCAGAGAGCUGAAGCCCUGCUGGCGUUGGAGCACUGCCUGACACUCAGACCCCAUUUCCARCCUGCUCAGAGAGAGAUGGAGAAGAUCAUGGUGGAAGCCGAUGUUCCUCAGCCACACACGGCUGCUGCACACGUGGGUGAUGCUCACCUGAGCUCCACUGGCUCCCAGAUCGAUGGAGGGACCCCAGGGCUCCCAUCUCCCACACAAGCUCAGGAUCAGGAGGGAGAGCUGGCAGAUGGCCGAGGGGAUGCUGGCUCUGAGCACAGCCAGGACACWGCCACCCUUUCCCAGCCAGAGCAACAGCAAGAACCGGAGACUUCAGCAGAGARUGAGGGCCCGUGGCUGUUGGAUAAUGGGGAAGAAACAGCAGCAGAGUGUACCCAGCCAUGGCUUGGGGAGUCCCUGAGCAUAUCUGACUUGGAGUGCUCCCUCUGCAUACGGAUGUUCUUCGAGCCGGUGACCACACCCUGUGGCCACACCUUCUGCAAGGAGUGCCUGGAACGCUGCCUGGACCACCGGCCCAACUGCCCCCUCUGCAAACAGAGCCUGAGAGAGUACCUGAAGGUUGGGAGGUACAGCCCCACGGUGCUGCUGCAGGACAUCAUGCUGGCCACCUUCCCCUCCCAGCUGGCUGAGCGCCGUGAGCUGCACCAGGCAGAGAUGGCAGAGCUCUCCAACCUGACCAAGAACAUCCCCAUCUUCGUGUGCACCAUGUCCUUCCCUGGCAUCCCCUGCCCUCUGCACGUCUUCGAGCCCCGCUACCGCCUGAUGAUCCGGCGGUGCCAGGAGAGCGGCGCCCGGCGCUUCGGCAUGUGCGUCUAUGAGAAUGGCAAAAGCUUUGCUGACUAUGGCUGCAUGCUGGARAUCCGUCAGGUGGAGCUGCUGGCGGACGGGCGCUCCUUGGUGGACACCAUCGGCCGGCAGCGCUUCCGCGUGCUGCGCCGCGGCCACCGGGACGGCUACCACACCGCUGACAUCGAGUACCUGGAGGACAAGAAGGUGUCCGGGGAGGAGCUGCAGGAGCUGCAGUCGCUGCACGAGAGCACGUAUCGCCUGGCGCAGCGCUUCUGCGAGCACGGGGACCUCACCUCCCGCCACAUCCUGCUGCAGCAUGGAGCACUGCCCGACAAGGAGGAGGAUAUCCAGGCUUCAGCAGACGGCCCAACGUGGUGCUGGUGGCUCCUGUCCAUCCUGCCCCUGGAGCCAUCCUACCAGCUGARCCUGCUGUCGUGCACAUCUCUGCGYGCCCGCCUGUCUCAGCUGCAGCGCGUCCUGACCGCCCUGCUGCAGCAGCCCCCGCCGCGGCACCUCCUGCCCGAGCGCAGCCCCCGGGGCCCAGUCUGACCAGCCCUGCCCUCCCMCGGACACAUCUCCACCCUCGGGACUCCCUGAGUGCUGCUCUGCAGUUUGGAGUGUGGUUUGAGUGUCCCUACCUCCCAAAARAGUGACCGCAGUGAUGGUCACCGGCAGCGACACGGUGCCGUCCAUGCCACCCCUGUGAGCUGCUCUGUGCUGUGCUGUGCUGUGCCACCACAGGGGAUACUGAGAGCCAGAGCUGGGUUGUGUCUCCAACCAAAAAUCCCUUUGCUGAGUGCGUUCUGCACUGAGAAGGAUUCUUGGUGAGGAGUGUAGGGAUCACCUUGGUUUUGGCUCUUUCACUUUGAAGGACAAUUGAGGGGUUUUAUAGAUGGUCCUGCCCCAUGCAGCAGAUUUAGAGGAGAGCUGGGGGAAGCAGAGAAGUGCCAAGGGCUUCCCCCAGCCUUGGGAAGGCUCUGCCACUGCUUACAGCUUUGGCUUAGUUUGUAUUUGAAGAAAGGGUUAAAUUAAAUCAUCUGAAACUCAUGGUCCUGCUCCAAACCACCUCCACGGCCUCAUGGGGGUGAGGAUGGUUCUCUCUGAACGCUCUCAGGUCCAGACAUCCCUUCCCACUGCUCUGCUCGGUGCUGUGCUGUGUUUGCUGACCAGACCCAACCC